AUGGGAGUCCCACCACCCUAUCCUAAACCAACAGCCGGGCUGGAGGGGUUCAGUGACCAUGGAGGUGAAGGUGGGUCAGUGUGUCAGAGGAGACCCUGUAGAAGGACAGAGUUCCAGCAGACCAGUCCAGAUACACUCCUACCCUGUCAGAGCCAGCUAGGUGACGCUUCUCCAGGGUCGGGUCGCGGUGGCAGCAAGCUAAGUAGGGCGCUCCAGACGUCCCUCUCCCCAGCAACGCCCUCCAGCGCCUCCUCGGGUCCCAAGGUGUUCCCAGGUCAGAUUGGACAUGUAGUCCCUCCAGCGAGUUCUGGGUCUACCCCGGGGUCUCCUCCCAGUUGGACUUGCCUAGAAAACCCCCAAAGGAAGGCGCCCAGGAGGCAUCCUAAUCAGAUGCCCGAACCACCUCAUCUGGCACCUUUCGAUGCGAAGGAGCAGCGGCUCUACUCCGCGCUCCCUCCGGAUGGCCGAUGUGUUGUAUUUUGCUUAUUUUCUCCACGUCCUAUAUUAUUGGAGCCCCCAGGCCAGUGCUCCUGGUUCCAUAGCUCCCCCUGUCUGCACAGAGUACCCAACAGACUGGAGCCUGAAGACUCGCCUCCUGUUCACCUCCCCGCUCCCCUUCUCAUGGGCAGAGCACCCCAAAGCACAGGAGGAGGCACUGUGGUUCGGGCAGACAGACCGCUGGUCGUGGGGGUUCUGGAGCAUAGUUUCGCUGCGGGGGGAUCAGAACAGGAACGGCAGCUUCAGCCACGAGAAAACACUCAGAGGCGGCACUCAGCUGCAGGGGAAUCAGGAACGGCAGCUUCGGCUACACGGAACCUCAGGACAGCCAUAACGCUGGCUUCAGCUGCGGGGAGCACAGGGAUGACCCGGACAGACAGCAGCUUCACUGCAGGGGAAUCGGAAUGGCAGCAUCAGCCGAAGGAAGACACGGACGCGGCCCUCAGCUACAUGGGAAUCAGGAAUGGUGGUUUUGGCCGUGUGGGAUUCGGGAACAGCCACGCUGGACCACAGGGCAGACGAACAAAACCGCAGGUCUCAGGACAAACAGACACUGGAUUUCAGGGACGACAGCCUCAGCUGCUGGAAAACUCAGGGGUGGCCCUCGGCUGUGGGGGAAACCCAGGAAGGGGAGGGGUGGCGUCUGCUGGGUCCAAGAAUGGUCAGAGCGUUCUGUCAUGGAGAGAACAGGAAUUGAGGACCCGAGCGCUAAUGUGA